AUGCAUCUUUUAGAAUGGAAUAACAAGUAUUCUGGUCCUUUGAAUCCCUUUUCCCUAGCUCGGACCCACUAUUUACGUGCUGAAAACCUAAACUUCAGCGUAACAUCUGAACAAGUCUCUCGUACUGGUUGCUUGAAUGUUAAUUUUACAAGAUCAGCCCUAGGAUUUUGUAUUGGAUCUGGGAAAAGCGGUCAGCAAUGGACGCGAAAACAUGAAGUUGGCAUUGCUGAGCUCGGCACUGUUGAGCUCGGCAAACCCAAAUCUGCCACUGAGUCAAAUAUCUUAUUUGAUAAACUCAGGCUUGUCUUCGGCACCAAAUUCCACCUCAACGGGGUAUAUCUGUCCCAGGACGUAUUUUCGUUUGAUUAUCCUCGAACACGCGCCCAAAUUCAAGAUAAAGGAAUACAGAAAAUUAUCCAUGCAUUCUCGAUUGUCGACGAUUUGUUUGUUGAUAUCAAGGAAUUUCACAAGGAUUAUAGUCAGGAUAACUCAAGCAAAAUGGACUGUUUGCUCAAAGGAACAAAGAAGAGCCAUUGCGAUGUCGAGGAUUGGAUUUCGGAAGUAGUUUCUGAUGAAAAUGUGGGUCACGACCACUAGGGCUGAGAUUUUUUUUUUCUUUUAAAUUAUAAAUUAUGAAUAUCGAAUAAAUUAUUA